GUCUGGCGCUCUCUGCUCUCCUCUCCGCGCUGCCUUCCCCAAUCCUCCUCCUCAAACUCCAGGCGUCCGGACCAAAACUGCCACAUUCCCGAGGACAACUUUCAACUUUCUGCUCAUGAUCUUUACAUUCCUUCAGAUCAGGAGAAACUUUUGGACCUCACCUGGACACCCUCACUUCCUGGUUAUAUAACCUUUGUUGCACUUCAACGAAUCCUUCACAUUCCAAAGACUUUGGCCCCGGACGGAGAUCGCUAUAUAUAUUUUUUUUGCCUUUUUCGAUCUUCAAAGCAAACGAUCAAAGGCGUUACCGUAACAUUCCGCAUAGACCGAAUAAUCAGGGAGCAGCAGCUUACGUGUUUGAGUUUUUGCACAACUUUAAAGUAGUCUUAACUGUUUUGUGUGGUUACUUUUCCACGUGUAGUCUUAAAUCAAGUGCGUAAAGAGUGAAGAAUGGCAGGUGUGACCUCUCUGGAUGCGGUGAAGAGGAAGAUUCAGUGUUUGCAGCAGCAGGCCGACGAGGCGGAGGACCGGGCGCAGGUCCUACAGAGAGAGCUGGACAGUGAACGGGAGGUCCGAGAGAAAGCGGAGGGAGAUGUAGCAGGCCUGAACCGUAGGAUCCAGCUGGUGGAGGAGGAGUUAGACCGAGCCCAGGAGAGACUGGCCACAGCACUGCAGAAGCUGGAGGAGGCCGAGAAGGCUGCGGACGAGAGCGAGAGAGGGAUGAAGGUGAUCGAGAACCGAGCGAUGAAGGACGAGGAGAAGAUGGAGAUUCAGGAGAUGCAGCUGAAGGAGGCCAAACACAUUGCAGAGGAGGCUGACCGCAAAUAUGAGGAGGUGGCUCGUAAGCUGGUGAUCCUGGAGGGAGAGCUGGAGAGAGCCGAGGAGAGGGCCGAGCUCUCAGAAUGUAAAGCCAGUGACCUGGAGGAGGAGCUGAAAAAUGUGACCAACAACCUGAAAUCCUUAGAAGCCCAGUCUGAGAAGUACUCAGAAAAGGAAGACAAGUAUGAGGAGGAGAUCAAAGUUCUCACUGACAAACUGAAGGAGGCUGAAACCCGUGCAGAGUUUGCAGAGAGGACAGUGGCCAAACUGGAAAAGUCCAUCGAUGACCUGGAAGAUGAACUGUAUGCGCAGAAGCUGAAGUACAAAGCCAUUAGUGAGGAGCUGGACCAUGCCCUCAAUGACAUGACAUCUCUGUAGAUGCUCUGCUUCUCUCUGCCUCUCACUUCCACUUUUUCCUGACUUUCUCUGAAUGUUUGGACUCCUCGUCUUCCCUCUGUGGACGAUAUGUGCCUUCUGCUUAUCUUACUAUGCAAAAGAACUAAUUAAAAACUACUUUGCA